GUAAAAAAAUAUCAUUUGCCCUAAUAAACCCCAGGAGCAAAGUAAUUCGCAAAAUUCACAUCUACAAAGUGAUAAAUCACAACGAACAAGUAGCUUCCCUUCAGUUGAGUCUCAUUUGCCAUUAACAUUCCACCAAAACCUAAACCCAGUCUCUGUGUUUCAGCGAUGCAAGGAGGAGGCGCCGCCGAGGGAGAAGCUCUUGAUUUCGAACCGGAGGACGAUGACCUCAUGGACGAGGACGGCGCUCCUGACGCCGACGCUUCUCCGCCUCACCCCAAGCUCAAAUCCGCCAUCACUUCCGGCGCUGCUCCCUCCCUCUCCGCCCCUAAAAAGACCAAGGGCCGUGGUUUCCGCCAGGAGACUGACACCAACCGCAACAACCGCCUCUCCGGCUCUGAUUUCGACUCUCUCACCACCGAGGGUGGUCCUGGCCCUCAGAGAUCCAUUGAAGGGUGGAUUAUUCUGGUCACUGGAGUUCACGAGGAAGCGCAAGAGGAUGAUUUGCAAAACGCCUUUGGUGAAUACGGGGAGAUUAAGAACCUGCAUUUGAAUCUCGAUCGUCGCACUGGUUUCGUCAAAGGUUAUGCACUGAUUGAAUAUGAACGUGCUGAGGAAGCUAAAAAUGCCAUAGAGAAUUUGAAUGGAUCUGAGCUUCUUACCCAAAACAUUUAUGUCGACUGGGCUUUCAGCAGUGGGCCUAUUAAUGAGUCAAUCAGAAGAAAGAAUGCUAGGCCAACUCGUGAUCGGCGCUCCAGGAGCCCUCGCAGGAGAUAUUGAUGUGGUGUGUAUUGGUAACCUGAUUGUGCCGUUGUGUGAACUCUUAAAUGAGCAGUUUGUUUUCUAUUGGUCAAGAAGUGGAAAUUUUUUCCAAUACUUGUGCUCCCCCUUCAGGCAAAACACACCUUGGUUGCUGAGGAUUCUUGUCUAAUACAUCCUCUGUUGAAUGGUAUUGACUCUUAGCUUAGUUUAUUAUGGUGUAUGAUGUUUAACUAACAGACUAGUAUUGCGUUGCAGUAAUGUGUUCUAUUCGAGCUUUUUUUACAUGUAAUGGCAUUAUAUUGAGGAAAGUAGGAUGUCAUUUGGAUUGCA